CCCGAAGACUCGCGUGACGACCACCGGACUCCUCUGACGAGUUUCGAUUCGCAUAUUUCCCCUCAGAUAUUCUCUCCGCCCGCCUUUUUUCACGAAACCGCCUCUCAACCGCCGGACCUCCGCCGUAUUGGUGCCUGCUGCUUAAUGACGCAUUUCAAUUUCCGAUCGUUUCAUCUCGAGAAAACAUAAUUUCCGGAUAUAAACAAGGAAGGAAUAAAAAUUGAUUUAAACGGAUUUGGAUAAAAAAAGUAUGUUUCGUCUUUACAGCAGGAAUACGCGGAGGUAUCUGCGGUUCUCUCUCCGUCGCUCCCUUUCGUCUUCGAUGCGUAAGGAUCCCGAGAGUUCCGUCGAAUGCACGCCCACAAACUUGAUGAAUUCUCAAUCAGUGCCUUCUCUAGCAAUACAUCGUCACCCUCCUGCUAUUCUAUCCCCUCCUAAGCGCUCCCGUGCGUUUUUUCUCGCCCUAUCCGCCAUUGUCGCUCCGUGCGCUGUGAUUUUGAUAAAUAAUGGUGAUGACGGUAGGUACGAGGGGGCCGCCGGUGGUGUGUAUAGAGAGAUGGAAAAUGUGGUUGAGAAAUCCAAGGAUUCGUUCACGAGGACAAUGAAUAGAAUGAAGCAGACUGGUGCGGCGGCUUCGGUUUUGUGGAAGUCGUUGAGGUCGGUUAUGUCGUCCGCGAACCAUGAGGUUCGAGCUGGUUUCGAGCUUAGGGUUGCGGCUUUGUUGGCUGAUAUUGCCGCGGCGAGUGAGAGCCGUAGAGCGGCCCUAGUUGGUGCGGGGGGUGGCGCGGUGGUGGAUUGGCUUCUGGAGACCGUGUCGUCCAACGGGGAGAAUUUUGGCACUCAGGCCGAGUCCGCUAGGGCUUUGGCAUACUUGAUUGCUGAUCCAAAUGUGUCUGAGGCGGUUUUUGGGAGGCCUCACGCUGUACCGAAUUUGCUUAGGUUUAUUUUCUCUGCUCAGCCUAGACGAUCAAAGAAACAAGCUAGGAAUAGUUCGUUUGGUCUUUCUGAUUCUUUAAGAGGUAGGAGCAUGCUUGUUGCUGCCAUUAUGGAUGUGGUCACUUCCCACUGUCAAAGUGCAGACAAGGUAUCAUUUAAACCUUGGCUACCACAAAAUGCUGAGAUGAGAGAUAUUGCAACUGCAAUUGAAGUUAUUGAGGAAGGUGGCAUGCAUUGGGAUGAGCCACGUGAGGACGAAGAAGAUGAUGGAGGGACAGGAGUGAAGGGUAUUGGAAUAAAGAUUCUUGAAGGCACAACAGUUCUAGGACUUUCAAGGACUAAAGGGCUUGUUGAGAUUGGUCAUUCUGAUUCCAGCCAGUCUGUCAAAUAUGUACAUAAGAAUCUUUUAUUUAACAAGAUAAAUGACAGUUCUGCAAAAUCAAAUUUAUCUUUGGCUGUGGUUCCUGGACUUUGGGAUGAUUUGCAUUCUGAGCAAGUUGCUGUUCCUUUUGCUGCAUGGGCAUUGGCAAAUUGGGCAAUGGCAUCAGAAGCUAAUAGGACUCACAUUCAGGAACUGGACCAAGAUGGAAAAGUAGUUAUGGCUGCUUUGAUGGCACCUGAGAGAUCUGUAAGGUGGCAUGGAAGUCUGAUUGCCAGGUUGCUGUUAGAGGACCAAAAUCUAUCACUAAAUGAUUAUGUUUCUGAAUGGAGUUCCAGUCUUCUUUCUACUGUUUCUCAAGCAAGCAAGGCUCAGGACUUCCCUCUGACUCACAUUGCUUUAUCUGCAUUUCUGGUUGCUCUUGAGAGAAGCACUAAAGCACAGGAGGUUGCAAUUGAGAAGGGUCUUCAUUUGAUGAGAGGCACUGCUAAACAGGCAACAAAGCACGUGUCUGUGCAAGAAGCAUUGGCAAAGGCCUUGGAAUUGCUCUAUACUAGGGAAAUGCAUAUGUCCAUUGAAGAAAGCCAAAAAUGGUCUGGCAUUUUGCUUCCUUGGGUUUUUGGGAAAUCUUCUUCUGACGCAAUGCGGUCAUCAGCCAUAAAUAUCCUUUCAUACAUUCUUGAAGAUUAUGGUCCAUCCUUGAUAGCAAUUUCUCAAGGAUGGUUAACUAUUUUACUAAGUGAUGUUUUGAAUUCCAGGAAGGUAGCUUUGACCAAAGGGAAUAAUGAGAUUAAGACUGAUAAAGUGAAGACACAAAUUGAUCAAGCAAAUAUAGUUUCUGCAACCCAAAUUGCAAAUCAGUUGGCAAUGGCAGUUGUAAACCUAGCAGGAAUGCAACUUGGAGCAGACACUGAAACUGAUGAUACAUUUCCUUUGGUUGAUCUUCUCUCACUCGAACCAUUUGUUGGGCUGUUUAAGAACCUUAAGAAAGAUAAAUUGCCCAAGAUUAAAGCUGCAGAUUCAGCAUUGGCCACUCUUAAAGGAAUCAAAGCUUUGACAGAAAUUUGUGCGGAAGACUCUGCUUCUCUAAACAAAAUAACUGAUUCUGGAGUCCUCUGCUUGAUUAGGCGCCUGUUAUUGGAAGAUGAUUAUGAACAGUUAGCAGCAAUCGAAGCAUAUGAUGCAUCGCGUGCCCCAGAGUCACCAGAAAAUGCACGAUCUGUUUCAGGUGAAACUUCUUCUAAUGCCAAUCCUAGUGAUGCAUCCAGUGUUCGAGUACCACCUACGGCUCACAUUCGGAGGCAUGCAGCCAGGCUACUUACUGUACUAUCAGUUCUUCCAAAAGUGAAGAAGGCAAUAGUUGCAGAUAAAGCUUGGCAUAGAUGGCUUGAAGAAUGUGCUGAAGCAAAGAUUCCAGGUUGCAAUGACCUCAAAAUUCAAAGUUAUGCCAGGGCAACACUACUGAAUGUGUCCUGUGGUAGCCAAACUAGUGAAGAAUCUGUAGAUGAUGCAUCUCAUGGAAGCACAAAUGAAACUCAUACUUGCCCUCGCUAUGCUGAUAUGAUAUUUUUAAUUAAUCCUGACAGACCACACUGGAAAAGUGUGGAGAAUGCAAUACCAACAUCAACAGAUAGAUCCUUUGCAUCUAGUGAUGAUUCUGUCGGAAGUGAGCAGGGAAUUUCGACUACAGGUUCUAACGAGUGUGGCUCUUCAACCUCUACAUCUGAACCUGGAAGUUCCUCACAAUCAGAGAUGCCUUUACUGGAUGUUGUGUUUGUUCAUGGGCUCCGUGGAGGUCCCUUCAAAACAUGGCGGUUGUCUGAGGACAAGUAUUCCACUAAAUCUGGCCUUGUAGAGAAAAUUGAUGAAGAGGCAGGGAAGCAAGGAACCUUUUGGCCUGGGGAAUGGCUUCCAGCUGAUUUUCCUGGUGCCCGUUUGUAUAGUCUCAAAUAUAAGACAAAUCUUACACAAUGGUCAGGAGCAAGCCUUCCCCUUCAGGAGGUAAGCUCCAUGCUGUUGGAGAAGCUCGUUUCAGCUGGCAUUGGGAAUCGUCCAGUUAUAUUUGUUACUCAUAGCAUGGGAGGCCUUGUUGUCAAGCAGAUGUUGUAUCAAGCAAAAGCAGAGAAUAAGGAGCAUCUUGUCAAUAACACAGUUGGUGUUGUAUUCUACAGUUGUCCCCAUUUUGGCAGCAAACUUGCAGACGUGCCCUGGCGUAUGGGUCUUGUCUUUCGCCCUGCACCUAGUAUAGGAGAGUUGAGAAGUGGGUCUCCAAGACUGGUGGAUCUUAAUGAUUUCAUCCGCCACCGUCAUAAGAAAGGGAUGCUUGAGGUGCUGAGUUUUUGUGAGACGAAGGUUACCCCAAUCGUCGAAGGUUAUGGAGGUUGGGCAUUUCGAAUGGAAAUUGUACCAAUGGAGUCAGCAUAUCCUGGAUUUGGUGAAUUAGUUGUAUUAGAGUCAACUGAUCAUAUAAAUUCUUGCAAGCCUCUGAACCGCACUGAUCCUUCUUACAAAGAGACUUUAGAAUUCAUGCACAAACUUAAAGCACGUUACAAUAGAUGAAUACAGGUGUACAUAAUUUUAGUCAUGGUGGCAGCAGCAGCCUUGCGAGGUUGGUCUUCAAUCUCAGUUCCAGGCUUUCGGCCAUUCUUCCAACUGCAAUUGGUAUACGUUACUCAUACUAGCCUAGCUUAUACUGGCUAUUAGAAUUGCUCAAGAGCAGAUCGGCAUAUUAUAGUCUUCUGCUCCUGUGCAUUUACAUAGAUUGACUUUUACUGAUUCCUUGUACAGUGCAAAUUUUAAGUUGACAUCAGGUUUCAACAUUUUUAACAUGGAACUUUCCACAUUUGAUUUAUGUUGUAGCUUAGACAGGAAUAAGGGUUUUUUUUUCCCCACAGGAUGACUAGAAUACUGAGUUUACCUUGUAAAUGAUGUACAAGCCACAGUUGUAAAUGAAAUUGCUAACAUUGUAAGGAAAAUAUACCAUUAUCCCAUUGUUCUUUAUCCUUGUUUUAA